AUGGACCCCCCGGAGGGGCCGGGCCGCCCCGCCGGGCCUCCCCCCCGGCCCAUCCCCUUCGGCAUCGACCGCAUCCUCGGGGGCGGCGGGGGGCCCCCCGCCUUCGGCCGCCCCCCGGCCUGCGGCCCCGCCUGCCCGCUGAGCGCCCCGCCCGGCGCGGGGCCCGGGGGCGUCAUCCGCGUGCCCGCCCACCGGCCCCUGGCCGCCCCCGCCGCGGGAUCCGCACCCGGCCCCGGCCCGGCCUGCCCCUGGAUGGACGGCCCCCGCCGCCUCGCCAAGGACCGCCUGGCAGCGGCGCUGACGCCGUUCCCCGGGGCCCGGCGCGUGGGCCACCCGUAUCAGAACCGGACGCCGCCGAAGCGGAAGCGGCCGCGCACCUCCUUCUCGCGCGCCCAGGUCCUGGAGCUGGAGCGCCGCUUCCUGCGCCAGAAGUACCUGGCCUCGGCCGAGAGGGCGGCGCUCGCCAAGGCGCUGCGCAUGAGCGACGCCCAGGUCAAGACCUGGUUCCAGAAUCGGCGCACCAAGUGGCGGCGGCAGACGGCGGAGGAGAGGGAGGCGGAGCGGCACCGGGCCGGCCGGCUGCUGGUCCAGCUGGGGCAGGACGCCCUGGCCCGGCCCCUGCCCCUGGCCCGGCCCCGGCCCCCGCUGGCCCCGGACCCGCUCUGUCUGCACAACUCGUCGCUCUGCGCCCUGCAGCGCCUGCAGCCCUGGGCCGAGGACCACAAAGUCGCCUCCGUGUCCGGCCUGGCCUCGCUCGUCUGAUCCCGGGCCCGGCCCGGCCCUCCCCGGCCCUCGCCGCGGGUCGCGUCGGGCGGCGGAAUAAAGUGACGGAGGAGCCGUG